CAUCCAGUGAUGUGGGCCACAGGGAACAGUUCUUCUCCCCCUGUGUCCUUCAUCCUGCUUGGAAUCCCAGGACUUGAGAACUCCCAGUUUUGGAUUGCCUUUCCAUUCUGUGCCAUGUAUGUUGUGGCCAUAGUGGGAAACAUCAUUCUCCUCCAUGUGAUCCGAACUGACCACACCCUGCAUGAGCCCAUGUACCUCUUUCUGGCCAUGCUGGCUGUCAGUGACCUGGUCCUCUCCUCCUCCACCCAACCUAAAAUGCUGGCCAUUUUCUGGUUUCAUGCCCAUGAGAUUGAGUAUCAUGCCUGCCUCACCCAGGUGUUCUUCAUCCACGCUUUUUCUUCUGUAGAGUCAGGGGUGCUCAUGGCAAUGGCCUUGCACCACUAUGUAGCUAUCUGCUUCCCACUCAGGCACUCCAGUAUCCUGACAACCUCUGUGGUGAUCAGACUUGGGGCAGCUGUGCUGAUGAGAGGGCUGCUAUGUGUAAGCCCCUGCUGCUUCAUGGUCUCUAGAAUGCCCUUCUGCCCUAACCAUGUCAUUCCCCAGGCAUACUGUGAGCACAUGGCUGUACUGAAGUUGGUGUGUGCUGAUACUAGAAUAAAUCGUGGGUAUGGGCUGUUUGUGGCCUUCUCUGUGGGUGGCUUUGAUAUGAUUGUCAUCGGUAUAUCGUACGUGAUGAUUUUGAGAGCUGUGCUGCAGUUGCCCUCAGGUGAAGCCCGCCUCAAAGCCUUUGGCACCUGUGCCUCCCAUAUCUGUGUUAUCUUGGCCUUGUAUAUCCCAGCCCUUUUUACUUUCCUCACCCACCGCUUUGGCCAUCAUGUACCCCGAGCGGUACAUGUCAUGUUUGCUAAUGUCUAUCUUCUGGUUCCUCCUAUGCUCAACCCUAUCAUCUAUGGUGUUAGAACCAAACAGAUCAGAGACAGGGUUAUCCAAGGAUGUUGUGGAAAAGAACCCUGA